AUGAAGUGGCUUGGGAUUCUUGGGCUGGUGGCCCUCUCAGAGUGCCUAGUCAUAAUCCCUCUAAUGAAGAUCACGAACAGGCAAGAAACCCUCAGGGAAGAAAACCUGCUGACAAAUUUCCUGGAGGAGAACACUGUCAACAGGUCACAAAGUGCCACUGAUGACCCGGAUAUUUCUCUUCAACCCCUGAGGAACUACCAGGAUAUGUGCUAUAUUGGCAACAUCACCAUUGGAACACCCCCUCAGGAGUUCAAGGUCAUUUUUGACACCAUCUCAUCUUGCACGUGGGUGCCCUCCAUCUCCUGUUCCAGUCCCUCCUGCCGUACACACAAUCUCUUCAACCCUCAGUUGUCCACCACUUUCCGCCUCACAGGCCAUUCCAUCAGCAUCAAAUAUGGCACUGGGAUGAUUGUUGGAGUUCUUGCCUAUGACACUCUUCGGAUCAUGAACCUUGUUGACCUGGGCCAGGCAUUCAUCCUGAGUGAGACACAGAGUGGGUUGGAUCAUGCAGUCUUUGACGGCGUCCUGGGAUUGGGCUAUCCCAGCCUUGGUCUCAAAAGGAUAGCCCCUGUUUUCGACAACCUGAUGAAACGAAGCCUCAUUUCUCAGCCUGUCUUUGCCUUUUACUUGAGCAUCAGGAAGGAGAAUGGCAGCGUGGUGAUGUUUGGAGGGGUGGACCACAGCUACCACAAAGGAGAGCUCAAGUGGAUACCACUGUCCCGAACCCACAUCUGGCAGAUCAACAUGAACCGCAUCACCAUGAAUGGAGUGGUUGUUGGUUGUAACCGUGGAUGCCAGGGGAUUCUGAAUACAGGGACUACUCUGCUGGCUGGCCCAACUAGCCUGGUCACCAUCAUCUGGAAGCUCAUCAAUGCCAUGCCUUAUGGUGAAGAGUAUCAGGUUCCAUGUAGUAACAUCAGCAGUCUGCCUACUAUCAUCUUCACCAUCAAUGGCAAUGACUACCCAGUGCCCCCUGAAGCCUACAUCUGGAAGGUGAGAGGGGUCCUUAUAACAUCUGUGUCAUCCGGAUUCGAGGGGGAACAGAGACCUGGAAACGGAUGCCAUGUGCCUGGCCCUUUUGGGAUAGCACUGGAUAAUGAUCGGCUUCAUGGGAGUGAAAGAGGACCAGUUGCAGAACUGAAAAAUGGGAAAAGGAACCUUGUCAACCUGGGCCAGGUGUUUAUCCUGAGUGAGAAACAGAUUGUGUUGGGUGAAACCAAAUUUGAUGCCUUCCUGGGCCUGGGAUACACCAGCCUUGUCCUCAAAGAGACCAUCCCUGUCUUCGACAACCUGAGGACACGAGACAUCAUUUCUCAGCCUAUCUUUGCCUUCUACUUGAGUACUUAA